AUGAAACAACAAGCACAACAACCUGGUUCUUCUGAAUAUGAGAAGGAAAGUGAAUUUGAAAUCAAAGAGGAGGAAGAGAAAGAGGAAGAUAUGGAGAAGAAUGGGAGAGGAGGUUGGAAUUUGUAUUCGGUAUUGAUUCUUGUUGGUCCUGUAUUUGGAUUAGUAUUGAUUUUGGCUAAUGCAGCGUCGGGGAUUGCUGUGCACGAUGAUUGCAAACAAAGGUUUUUGGAAUUGAAGGAAAAAAGGACUUUCCGUUUUGUUGUGUACAAAAUUGAAGAGAAGGAUAAGCAAAAGCAAAUUAUUCUGGAGAAGCUUGGCGAGUCAGCUGAAAGCUAUGAGAAUUGCCAAAAGAGAAAGGUUUUCUUCAUCUAUUGGUCUCAUGAUACCACAAGGAGAGAGCUUGACGGAAUUCAGGUAGAGUUGCAAGCAACUGAUCCUACUGAGAUGGAUCUUGAUGUCAUUAGAAGCCGAGCUUUUUAAAUAAUAUGAUGA